AUGAGAGCGAAUACAAAAUGGUCAAAUGCUGAUUACAUUCUGCGAAAAGGCCUCACUGAUAUUCCAUUGGCGGGCUGUGUAAUGCAGUACAAGAAAAAACCGGAGCAGCAUGUCGAGAAGACAUGUAAAGUUUGCAUUCCCCAUCAUAACGAAUCGAGAACCCCACCCACUCAUAAGUGCAGUACUUGGAGAGAAGUCAGGCGUACUGGUGGUCAAUUGCCCGUUGACAUUCCUGAACCAGAGUUUAUCGCGGAUCCGGCUCAUCGCAAGAAAGGGCUUCGCAAUGACCUCUAUGCACUCCUGGCACAGAAAAAGAAAUUCAACUUUGGUCUUUGCGAGGGUGACAUCCUACGCUUAUGUCUUAGCUAUAUUUAUAUGGUAAAGCAGCUUUUGAAGAUACCACGUUCCGCUUGGGCUGAGCGCAGUCAAGCUCCUCUCUUCCAUCAUUUCGACGACCAUCGAGUAUUCGAAACCCUUGGUUUGGAGUUGGAUGCUUCGACUGUUCAUUAUCUCGAGCAAGUGGAUAACUGGAGAGCAAAAAGGAUCGCCAGCAGGAAAACGUCAACUUAUCGACAACAGAGGAACAAGAAGGUCUAUGCGAAGCUUCUUGCCUACCAUUCCCAGCUGAAGGCGGACCGUGUCAAGAAUCAGUAUUAUGAGACUUGCACUGCUCUGAAUGAAGAUGAACCAGAAAGAGUCAGUGGCGAACCACAGAGUAAAAAGAGAAAGAAAAGCAAGACACCAGUACUUCCACCCGACAAUCAACCACCUGCUGGUUGUGCUUUGGACAAUUGGUGCAGAGCAUGCCGCGAAUGGGGACACAAGCGAAGGACGAGCCGUCUUUGUUCAAUGAACAAGAAGCUCCAUGCGUCUCACCCUUCACUGGAACAACUCGAGUCGAUGCCAGAAAAGGAACAACACAAGACUCAACAAAGCCUUCUUGACACCAUUCCACUUGACAUUGAGGACUCAGAUGAAUGUCUUGGUGCCGGGCUAGUUGCUUCUCUACUAGACACAGCCAUGAGAGAAGACGAUGACGAAGACAAUGCGUAA